AUGCGGUUAUACAUCCUAAUUGUCUUCCUGCCCGCUUUUGUCUUAGGCUGUUUACCCGGCUAUGAGAAGGAACUGCGUUAUCUGUACCAUUACUUAGGGAUACAACCGCACAACCAAGGACAGAUUCCAUCAAACGAUGCGGCAUUCAAUCAUUAUAUUGACUCGUCAUCGCGAUUGAAUUGCCAAUUUACGGAACCUUGUUAUUGGCGUAAUGCUCGAACCGAUGGACUGCUGGAUACAUCGGAUUUUUAUUUGUUUACCAAAUUUAACGACAAAACAUUUCCGUUACAAGUCCAACAUGGAAUUCUGAAUCCUGCUCCAGGGUCUUUAUUUGCGCUUGCUGGAAAUACGACGUCUCAGGCUCAACGUGCUGUUCUUAUCAGUGCUCCAAUUGCGUGCCAGCGAACCGAAGGGCACUUGUCAUUUGAUUACUGGCUUUACAAUGGUGCAAAAAUUGAAGUGGUCUUAUUGAAACCAAAUAUAAAACUCAGAAAGCUGCAGCUUCUCCUUCGGCCGUUAAUGGAAUGUCAUGCUUUUACACCGCAAGGUCAAACCUGUUUGGUAGUAUUGCCGCCAAUGACUGAACCUUUUAGGAUUGGUAUACGAGCGUUUAAUUUAAAAGAUCCCUCUGUCGGUAGCUUUGCAAUGAUAUCAAACAUCAAUUACAUAGGCGAUAUCUGCAUUGAAUCAGCCAGAUGGUCUGAAUUUGGCGGAAGACCGGUUCCUCCACCGCUUAAACGGAACAAACCUGAGCAUGCAUACGAAUACAGCUGUGGUGAUUUCGAUAUAACUUGUCGUUGGUCAAAUUCCCUGUCUUCUCCUUCUGAGUGGAGAAUUGGAAGGAAUCUUUUAAAAUGGAAAGAAUAUUUUACUCUAGAUGCAACGCCCUACAAAACAUUCUUCUAUCAGUUCGUCGAUGAGAUGGUAGAAAAACCGUAUUCACAAUUACGGUCUGAAUUGAUACCAUGUACUUCCAGUGCUUCAUCUCUGUCAUUAAGGUUUUGGCUACAAACAGGGACUCAAGUACAAGUAUGCACAGAAACUGCUUCAAAUGUUGUAAUCAGUUGCGUAUACUUAAACGAAAACGAUAUGCCUGGUCCAAUUCACAUUGAUGUAGAUUCACCGUCUGAGGAGCCAUUUAGAUUUGUGAUAGAAAUGAUCAAAUUUGACGAAUCUCUCGGUGGACUUGCAGUUAUCGACGAUAUUCGUUUUGAAGGCCUUCUGUGCCAUGAAACUACUGUAGCACCACCUACGACUAUAAACAUUCGUACUGCAGCUGCAUUGUUUGAACUACGAAGACCAAAAGAGAAGCUGCACGUCAAUCCAGAGCCACCUAUAUUAGACUGUGAUUUUGAAGAAAACUAUUGCUCACAGUGGCAAAGUGAUGAGAACUGGGGCUACGGAACAACUCCUUCAGAAGGGUUCAAACUGCCGAAAUUCAUUGAAGGUAACGUAGUAGUAGCAACCCUCAGUGGCACUAAUAAAGCAGUUCUUCGAUCGCUUCCUUUCCCCUGUGCAAAUGGAAAAAUAUCUGUGCACUAUUUUCGUUCUGAAAAAGCUAAUCUAAAGAUAUGCGUCGAAAAUGAGUGCAUCCCGGCAAAAAAUUCAUCAGGAUUGUUAUCGAUAGCUUUGCUGUCGAACAAAACAUUGAGCGUACAGAUUAGAGCCAGCAGUACCGAACCAGCAAUAGCCGUUAUUCGACGCAUCAAAACUGAAGGCCAAUUUUGUCCAUUAUUUUCCAUUCCACAAGUAGCCUGUCAAACCUUAAGGUGUACCUUUACUGAUACUCUCUGUAACUAUUCGUCCAUUUCGGUGGAAGACACAGAUACAAACUUCACAGUUUCGGAAAAUUCAGGUGUCAGUGCCGUUAUUGGAGAAAAAACAAAUCGUGCCGUCCUGCGGUCUCCAGUCUUCGAAACCGACGAACCGUUGGAAAUAGAAAUCGAUGCACUUCUUACAACUUUUGGUUCGCAGUUGUACAUUUGUAAUGAAAUGAUUAACAACUUGGACAGUUGUACUUUACUACUUGGACCCAAAAUAACUGCUCCAAAAUUUGAGAAAAUUCGGUACCGAUUGGAGUCAGAGAUACGACAAUUUCAUAUAGUGGCUUUCCAUGACAAGUCUUUACAAUUCGGACCAACAACGACCACCAUUUUAGGCAUUGAUGUGUACAACGGCUCAGGGAAAUCCCUGUGCUGA